ACGAAGAAAGCUAAGCCCGCCCCCGUGACGUCACGUGUCUGGACGCUUUGGGUUCUGGCCGCUUGUUCCGCUCUGCAGUCGUUCCCGGUUUACUUUGCCAUAUUCGGGAUCCGCAGCUGAACCGCGGAGCGCAAGCCUGACACCGGCUCCGGGGUGCAGGCUGUUCUCGCAGGACUGUUGUUGCUGUCGAGUCCGAAUGGCCGCCAUUUUGUGACAGGGCCGCUGGAGAGCUACGGAGCCACGGACUCAUGUGACUGGUCCCCGGUCUGAGAGAAGAGCUGCCCCCGGGCCUGUGUUCCCCCGGCCCCCGGGUGGAGCGGGCUGGGGGGCGGGAGAGUUGUGGCAGUGAAAAGCCCGGCCUGUCAGUCUUCAAGAGAGAGACCGGACCUGCACAUGGGACGCUUAUCUCCCUGAGUCUACUGCUGGGACCUGGCUGCCAUCAUGGAUGAGCAGCAGGCUCUGGACUCCAUCAUGCAGGAUCUGGUUGUCCUUCACAAGGCCAGCAGACCGUCCCUGCCUCUGCAUGAAUCCAGCGCAACCAAGACCACCUCUCCCAAGAAGCAGAAUGAUGUACGCGUUAAGUUUGAACAUCGUGGAGAGAAGAGGAUCCUUCAGUUCCCCCGGCCGGUCUUGUUGGAAGACUUGUUCGCUAAAGCUAAGGUCGCCUUCGGGCAGUGCAUGGAUCUCCACUACAGCAAUAAUGAGCUGGUGAUCCCAUUGAAAACCCAGGAUGAUCUGGACAAGGCGGUGGAGCUGCUGGACAGGAGCUCUCACAUGAAGAGCCUGAAGAUCCUGCUGGUCCUCCAUGUUCACAGCCAGGCCACCCGCCUAUGUGAUAUGGAGCACAUGCCUUCCCUAGAAGAUCUGGAUAACACUGUGUUUGGAGGGACUGAGACGAAGGACAGGAUGCCUAUUAUUGGAAAUCACACCAGGGAUAGGAGUUCUCCACCUCCAGGUUACAUUCCGGAUGAGCUGCACCAAGGGGUUCGAAAUGGAUCCUUCACAAGCAUUAACAGCGAAGGGGAGUUCAUUCCAGAGAGCAUGGACCAGAUGCUGGACCCUCUGUCUCUCAGCAGUCCUGAAAACUCUGGCUCUGGCAGCUGCCCAUCUCUUGAUAGCCCUUUAGAUGGGGAAAGUUAUCACAAGUCGAGAAUGCCAAGAGCUCAGAGCUACCCUGAUAACUACCAGGAGUUUUCAGAAUACGACAUUCCAGUGUUUGAGAAAUUUGGAAAGGGUGGCACGUACCCACGGAGAUACCACAUCUCAUACCUUCAUCAAGAUUACAGCGAUGGCCGAAAAACAUUUCCAAGAGCCAGAAGAACCCAGGGGAACAGCUUCCGCUCUCCAGUCAGCUUCAGCCCCACUGAUCACUCCCUAAGCACCAGCAGUGGCAGCAGCGUUUUCACCCCAGAGUACGACGACAACCGGUUGCGGAGAAGAGGGAGCGACAUAGACAACCCCACUCUGACGGUGAUGGAUAUAAGUCCCCCCAGUCGAUCACCACGUGCCCCAUCAAACUGGAGACUUGGGAAACUGUUAGGGCAGGGGGCCUUCGGCAGGGUGUACCUGUGCUACGAUGCCGACACUGGGAGAGAACUGGCUGUGAAGCAAGUCCAGUUUGAUCCAGACAGUCCGGAGACCAGUAAGGAAGUGAAUGCUCUGGAGUGUGAAAUUCAGUUGCUGAAAAACUUACUUCACGAGCGCAUCGUUCAGUAUUAUGGCUGCUUGAAAGAUUCCCAGGAGAAGACGCUCUCUAUAUUCAUGGAGUACAUGCCAGGGGGAUCAAUAAAGGACCAACUUAAGGCGUACGGAGCACUUACAGAGUUUGUGACACGGAAAUACACCCGCCAGAUCCUGGAGGGCGUCUAUUAUUUGCACAGUAACAUGAUUGUACAUAGAGAUAUUAAAGGAGCUAAUAUUCUGAGAGAUUCUUCAGGCAACGUCAAACUGGGAGACUUUGGAGCCAGCAAACGCCUCCAGACCAUCUGCCUCUCUGGUACUGGAAUGAAGUCUGUCACCGGCACGCCGUACUGGAUGAGCCCAGAGGUUAUCAGUGGGGAAGGUUAUGGAAGAAAAGCAGAUAUCUGGAGCGUUGGAUGUACGGUUGUGGAAAUGCUAACUGAGAAACCCCCAUGGGCUGAGUUUGAGGCCAUGGCCGCCAUUUUUAAAAUCGCCACCCAACCCACCAACCCACAGUUGCCAGCAAAUGUAUCAGACCACACACGGGACUUCCUGAAAAGGAUUUUUGUAGAAGCUAAACUGAGGCCGUCGGCUGAAGAACUCCUUAGGCACACGUUUGCCCAGUGUCACUAGUGACUUCCCACCUCCGUUCAGCUCUUCCUCUUUGCUCCGUUCCUUCCUUCCAAAGCUGAUGGCACUUUUACAAGCCGACUAACGACAAGAGAGAUUGUCCCAUUCCUCUUGAUGAUUGAUUCCUCCGGCCUGGAGGUCUAUGGUCUAGUGACGGUUGUGGCUCAAAACUCUUGUUUUUUUUUUUUCCCACAAGGUACAGCGACGUUACUCGGUCUAAGCACUUUAGAAGAUUUUCCUUCCCAGUCAGGUAGAGACGGGAACCUUCUGGUACAAAAGAGGAGGAAAAUGUUUGUGAAGGACGUGAGCCAUCUGGCAUGUGGCAGCUUUACAAUGUGCCCGGGGGGUGGCACUGCUGGGGAUCACAGCUGCUUUUCAUUAUUUAAGUGUUUGAUGUUUUCGGUUCUCACUGUCGGUCUGAUCGGUUUACGUCAUGUGCAUAAGGGAGCCCAUCAGCAGGAAAGGGCCCCUGUAGGUUGCCAACAUGUAGUCAGCCCCUCCUAACAUUGAACCUGUGGUUGCUAAAUAGUGAGAAGUAUAUGGUCAUGUCACAUGAUUUGUCCUGGUCCCUGACUGGCAGGGGGGGGGGGGGGGGGGAAUCUUGUAUAUAUUUUAUACCAAACACUUGCUUAAAGGGGUUUUCCAGGAAUUUGAUAUUGAUUACGGAUCCUCAGAAUCGACAAUCGGUAUCAAAUCGGCUCUCACAGGAGCACCACCGCCUCCUUACAGCUUACCAAGCACAGCACCAUCCAUGGUGGUAGUGGCCGUGCUUGGAAUUGCAGCUCGGGCCCAGUCACUUGAAUUGGACUGAGCUGCGCCUUGGCCAUGUGACCGUUGAACGUGACGUGACUGGCCUAGGAAGAGGCUGCAGCACUCGCAGGAGCGCCGUGACCUCUUCAGACAGCUGAUGCGUGAGCGUGCUGGGAGUCGGGCCCCACUGAUCAGAAAUUGAUGACCUAUUCUAGGAAUAAGUCCUCAAUAGAAGUGCAGGAACAUCCCUUUUAAAAAUUUGCAAAAAGUAUGUGUGCACGAGUCCUUAUAAGUGGAAUGCACCCACCAGGUUAGUGUAAUUGGGGCCUUUUACAGAUUCUUGCUGAUGGUUUCCCUUGAGCUAGAGGCAUUGACCUUCCUUUUUGCCCAUUGAUUUCAGUCCUAUUUGUGGUCCCUAUGCUUUCCUCACAGAACACAAAGGGAAGAUGAGGCAGAUUGAUUACGCAGACUAUCACCAAAAGUUCGCUACUAGAUUUACACAUGGGUUUGGUUGAAGCUGCUUUCUUGAGAUCUGGGGGUCAAUGGGUACACGUCUGAAUGAAACUUGAAUAACUGAUGUUAAAUUAGCGGGAUUGUGCGUUCAUCCUCUGUUCCACAAGGGAGGACGCCAUCAUGGCUGCCUACUGUCUUUUGUUUUUACAUGUUUUGUCCUUUGUUUUUAUCUUUGUGCUUUUGAGCAACCCCGAAGCGCUGCGCAUCAAUUCCAGACGUCUCCAAGGUCAUCAGGAAGAUUUGACUGGUCUGUGUGCGCGCCGUUUUAUUUUCACCUCUGUGGUACAGGGUUUAGUAUAUUUCUCAGGCAGGUGGACGGCCUUAGCGGCUACACAUUAGGGCAAUUCCACUUUUUGAUUUAAAAAAAAUAAUAAUAAUUUGUACCCUAAUUAGUGAUCUGUAAAAGUGUGAAUAAUGCAAGUGCGUUUAUCAAGUGGGUUCUUAGUUGUGAGGCAGUAAUUUUGACUGCAUUUUUCUGCCAAAAUGCACAGAAAAUGUGUCCUUUUUAUUCUCAUCUUCUAAGGUGAUGACUAGGCUGUGCUAUCCCCUUAUGAUCACUAGAGGUCUAAACUCUGGGGCCCCAUUGAUUUUGUGAAAGAAGGAGCUGCAGUACUGAAAUAGUGCUCCCGCUCACCUACAGGGGACUGCAGCUGGCCCUGCUCAUUUGAAUGAGGCCUAUUGCACAUGACCGUAUGACUUUUUCGGUGUUUUGUGGUCCGCAUGACAUCCGUGUGCAUUCCGUUUUUUGCGGAACGGAACAUCUGGCCCCUAAUAGAACAGUACUAUUGUCCUUGUCCGUUAUGCGGACAAUUACAGGACAUGUUCUGUCUUUGAACGGAGAUACAAGUUUGUGUGCAUAAGGCUGUACGGCAGUGGCCAUCCAGGACUUUGCCCUGCAGGAUAGAAGAAUAAGGGGGUGACGGCACUAAGUCAGCACUGCUGUCCCCUUCAUUCUCAGGAUUGUGGGGUUCUCACUGUUUGUGAAGUGGCAUCCCCUAGUAAUGAUGGUAAUACCCCUUUAAGUACUGCACGGCGCCGUCCUGCUUUUUGCAGCAGCUCUUACGCCUGUCCUAUAGAGAGGGGCCCCAUCCUCUUUAGAGAACCAGGGCCCCCAUUUAAGCAGUACUGUUAUAGUGUCUUUGCCAGUUUGUCUCUCGUUGCAGUAUUUGCAGGUUUUGGUACUUUUAGAAGCCAUAAUCGUGGAGCCCGGACUGCGUUUUCCUUCCUGUUAACCAUUUAUUCUGUUGCCCUAUAACUGCAAUUCAUACAGCGAGGGGCACUAGUGUCCCCAAAAAUUGUUAUUGCCCCUUAGAAAUUCCGUUGAUCGUGUUGCUGGCACAUUAGCUCCAAACAGUCCAGCAGCAUGAUGGUGUCAGCUGCGGGUCUCGUUACCGCCAAUUAGUGCAGCCCCUUCCUGUAGCGAGCCGCCGGUCAAAAUGCUGCCGCAUCAACGUGUAGGCUGGGGGCUUGUCUCAAAAGCCAUUCCUGACCCUCUUGGUCUUGAGCAGUUAUUAACAGUGCCUUUUAACUUGUGUCCGUGUGAUUGUGUUUUGUAUCAAUGUCAUGUAUGUGGUUUUUAUGUGCACUCGUGUAAACAUGUAUGUAUGUAUAUAGGUUAUGUGUGUGUCCAGAGGUACGCAGAUGAGAUUCUCUAUGGCUGUACGCAGAAAGUGCCAAAUGUAUAUUCAUGUCUGUACAUUCCUGUAGUUCUUGGAUUGUAUCUAAUCUGAAUGCUUGAGUAUUGCAGUGUAUUCCUUGGGGGGGGGGGGGGGGGGGUCAGUUCUUUCUAAGUUAAAGGGGUUUUAUGUACAUAAAGCUUAAUCAUUGUAUAAUGAAAAGUUUUGCAUUUCUCUAAUGUUUCAGUUCCUCACCGUUUUCAAAGUCUGUGUUUGCUGUCAGGGAAUGGAACAUUCUUGUUUAAAGUCGCCCUCCAGGCAGGAGCUCAGAAAUAAUUUGUAAUUUUUAACUCUGCUCCAUUAGGGCAGAGCUGUGAUCUGUGACUACAGCUUAGCUACAGUGCCUAACAGUGGGGUGAGGUAGUCGGAGACACACCCACUGUCUCAUUAUUGGCUGAAUCUGCUCCUUGGCCCCUCCCCCUGCCAGAUUAGCUGUUGUAGAUAUCCACAUGCAUAGAGGGCUUCUAUUUAGGAACAGUGCUAGAAUACGGAUUAUAACGUGUUUUUUUGUGUAGUUCGUUGCCUCCUGCUGUUCAUAUACUUGCAUAGUAUGGUGCCCCCUGGUGUUCAUAUACUUGCAUAGUAUGGUGCCCCUUGGUAUUCAAAUACUUGCAUAGUAUGGCGCCUUCUGUUUUGCAUGUACUUGUAUAGUGCCCCUUGCUGUCACAGUAUAUAGCAGUGUAUACGUCCACCUCCAGAGCUGUUCACUGCAGGCCAGCCUCUGCAGUACAUGGCAGUAUAGCUGAGAAGACCCGUUCUCCAGGGGGAAGUAGGAAAGGACUAUUUUGUCAGCUGCCAGAGGAGGAAGGAGACUGAUUCUGCCCACAGGCCGUUCCCAGCAACACAGAUUACCAGCAGCAUCCUAGGGGACACAUGGUGGCAAAAAUUGGUGAAAAGGGGUAUUUUAUGCCAGAAUCUCUGCAGUUGAUUUUAUCACAGUUAUUACCAGCCUUUUCGGGGAUCUCAACAUGACCAUGUUUUAUGGGACUGCCCCGAGACCAUGCUUUAUGGCACAGCCCGGGUCCCAGCCCUGAUACAUUGCAGCAGGAUAUAGAGAGAUUGGAUACAAUUGUAGCAAAUCAUCAGCUGUGAGAAGGUAUUCGGUUUGUAGUGGCUGGAUGUGAACAAGAAUGUUCCUAUUUACUCACAGCAAGCAGAGAUCUUAAAAAAAUUGAUUUAUAUUAGAAAUAUGCAAAGCUUUUCAUUAAAUCGGAGGACUUUCCAUAUUUAUGUUAAAGUGCGGCGUCCAUAGACUCGGGGUAGAGUGAUGGUAUACGGCGCAGGCCGGACCAAACUCUUGGGUUUUGCUAUUUACGGUACUUUAUUUUUUAUUUUAUUUUUUACUCCUUAAAUGCCAAAGAUGUGUCAUGUAUGUAACAGAAUUAUUUACUCCCUUUUGUGUGGUUCAGGUCUCAUGUAAAACCUUAACCCCCUCAUUAGACAUUACAGGAACUGCCGGCAGCCAUAUCUUAUCAGAUCCCACCAGACCCUCAAGUAACAACUCUGCUACUGCCGCUGGGUGAGCUGGUCCCAGGCUCCAUAGGAAUGCUGUACUGAGGAGGGGAAUCGCACCGACUCAAUGCACCAUUUUAUUUGGUGAUACAAAGGCCAUAGCCAGUAAAUCCCACCUCUCGGACUCCAGUGAGGAGGGUGUCAUGUGGUCUGCCUUGGCUCUGCCGAAUUGCUGGGUCCUCCAUGGAGGGCAGGGGCAUACAAUUAAGCCAUUUGGGCCGUUCAGUGGGUUAUAGGGAGGGUUCAUCAGGGUUAUUGCUGCUCAGUUGGUGUUCAGGUCUGGCAGGUUCGGGAUCACCCAGGUUAAUAUCUGAUAUUUCCUCUGUCAUGAUCUAUGUUCGGUGCCCCAAACAUCCACCAGUCCACACCGUCAGUGCCUGACCAAUAUCAGCCAGCAGUGGCGGGCAGUACCUAAAACGGGGGAACAGGUUACAUAGCUCAAUAAAUGAACCUGCUGCUCAGGCGAAGUGCAGACAUCUUAUCUACAGGAUGGGUGAUAAAUGUGUGAUUGCUGGGGUCCAACUGCUGUGACCACAAGACUGGGGCCCGAGUCCAUUUUGUAAAUGGAACAUGUACACACUUGAAACCACCGCUCCAGUUGCUUCUGUGGGACUGACCGAGAUGGCAGACGCUGUAGUCAGCAGUCCCAUACACACUGUAUGGAGUGGCGCUCAUUUAUGUGCUCCAGUCACACAGAGGACUCGUGGUCCUAGCGUUUGGGCCCCAAGUGAUCAUACAUUUACCCAACCCCUUCAUGUUUUAAGGACCCACUUCUCACCAGACUAUUAAAAUGCCUUAUGAUUCUGAAUGAGCUUCUGCUCUGGUGUAAUCGACUUUCUCCUUUGCUCUUUGGCGCAAGAAUAUGGAGCCAGACGCAUGUUCAUCUGACUGGAGACUGACUUGCAGUAUGUAGAUAUCGAGACCCUACUGUGGAAAGUGAUAGGUCAGGGUUCAGCAAUUUCCAGUAUUGCAGCUGUUGUGAAACUACAAGUCACAGCAGGCACACUUGCUUGGCUGUUAUCGAAAGUCCCACAGAAGUGCAUGGAGCAUGUUAGGAGUUGUAUUCUCACAACAGCUGGAGGGUGCUGAACGCUAUAAUAGGCUAAGGCUGGGGUCAUACAUCCAGAGUCCGUAUUCUAGUCCUGACUGUGUAUUUUCUGACCUGAACUUGCAGUAUUAUAAGGAUCUAUGAGUUGGUCAUUAAACCCGUCUGAAUGUGUAAAUCUGAUACAGAUAAUUAAGUGCAUUUAAUACUGCAAAACCUAAGCCCAAUGAGUUACUAGUAAAAGCAUAACUGUUGUCUGUAGCCUAGACUGCACAAGUGGAUGCAGCUGCUGAGGAAGAUGCAGAGGCAGGAGUGGAUGCAGCUGCAGGGGGAGAUGCAGAGGCAGGAGUGGAUGCAGCACGCGGGGGGAGAUGCAGAGGUAGGAGUGGAUGCAGCUGCAGGGGGAGAUGCAGAGGCAGGAGUGGAUGCAGCACGCGGGGGGAGAUGCAGAGGUAGGAGUGGAUGCAGCUGCAGGGAGAGAUGCAGAGGCAGGAGUGGAUGCAGCUGUUGGGGAAGAUGCAGAGGCAGGAGUGGAUGCAGCUUCUGGGGAAGAUGCAGAGGCAGGAGUGGAUGCAGCUUCUGGGGGAGAUGCAGAGGCAGGAGUGGAUGCAGCCGCUGGGGAGAUGCAGAGGCAGGAGUGGAUGCAGCCGCAGGGGGAGAUGCAGAGGUAGGAGUGGAUGCAGCUGCUUGGGAAGAUGCAGAGGUAGGAGUGGAUGCAGCCGCUGGGGAGAUGCAGAGGCAGGAGUGGAUGCAGCCGCAGGGGGAGAUGCAGAGGCAGGAGUGGAUGCAGCUUCUGGGGAAGAUGCAGAGGCAGGAGUGGAUGCAGCUUCUGGGGGAGAUGCAGAGGCAGGAGUGGAUGCAGCUGCUGGGGAAGAUGCAGAGGCAGGAGUGGAUGCAGCCGCUGGGGAGAUGCAGAGGCAGGAGUGGAUGCAGCCGCAGGGGGAGAUGCAGAGGCAGGAGUGGAUGCAGCCGCUGGGGAAGAUGCAGAGGCAGGAGUGGAUGCAGCCGCUGGGGAAGAUGCAGAGGCAGGAGUGGAUGCAGCCGCUGGGGAAGAUGCAGAGGCAGGAGUGGAUGCAGCCGCUGGGGAAGAUGCAGAGGCAGGAGUGGAUGCAGCCGCUGGGGAAGAUGCAGAGGCAGGAGUGGAUGCAGCUGCUGGAGAAGAUGCAGAGGCAGGAGUGGAUGCAGCCGCUGGGGAGAUGCAGAGGCAGGAGUGGAUGCAGCCGCUGGGGAGAUGCAGAGGCAGGAGUGGAUGCAGCCGCAGGAGGAGAUGCAGAGGCAGGAGUGGAUGCAGCCGCAGGGGGAGAUGCAGAGGCAGGAGUGGAUGCAGCCGCUGGGGAAGAUGCAGAGGCAGGAGUGGAUGCAGCCGCUGGGGGAGAUGCAGAGGCAGGAGUGGAUGCAGCCGCAGGGGGAGAUGCAGAGGCAGGAGUGGAUGCAGCCGCAGGGGGAGAUGCAGAGCAGGAGUGGAUGCAGCCGCUGGGGGAGAUGCAGAGGCAGGAGUGGAUGCAGCCGCUGGGGGAGAUGCAGAGGCAGGAGUGGAUGCAGCCGCAGGGGGAGAUGCAGAGGCAGGAGUGGAUGCAGCCGCAGGGGGAGAUGCAGAGGCAGGAGUGGAUGCAGCCGCAGGGGGAGAUGCAGAGCAGGAGUGGAUGCAGCCGCUGGGGGAGAUGAAGCAGUACGUGAUUGGCGUCUUGCAAGCCUGGGCUCAUCUUCCUAUAUUUGUCAAUUGCAUUUUUUCCUUUGUCAGCACGCUGCAUUAUGGUAAAUUUUAGAUAAAUAUUUAUUUUUUCCUGCUCCAUAUUCCAGGUGACCAGGGAGAGUUUCGUAGCCAGCACUGGCAUUGGCCACAGACCGUGGCUCGUGCUGACAAUGUUGUGACAGAUUGAAGUUACGUCAUGACGCGGCUUGUCAGGUCUUUUGUAAACCAUUGUAUAGUAGAAAAGGUUUGACAACUGUGUCAUUUCCUUUUUGUGGUUCAUUACCUCAUUGGUUGUAUUCUGCUUCCUGGCAAUGAAUAGAAUAAUUUCUUUUUCAAUGUAUUAACGUAAAUCACAGUAGUUGGUCUUCUGCUCACGCACCCAUUGCUAAUAGAGAAGAAUACGGCGCAUGGCGAGAACAUAGGCCUGCACAUGGCGUGCUGAUGGGACCCGCUGCGCUGCUGAACAUGGCAUGGCCUUGCUUUUGAGCUGGACUAGGCUUACAUAUGCCACAAUACAAUGAAAAUAUGGUACUUGUGUAGUUCUCCCAGUAAUUCCACAGCUCAGGGUUUGCUCCAGUUGUGUGCAGCCUAGACACCCCUGUGUGCGCUAACUACAUCUGUCACACAGGUCUCUCUCCUGUCCUGAUGAUUUGCAACAAUGUAUCGGCCAUCCAGGCUGGUUACCCCACAGAUGAUUAUUUAGACUGGAUACAAUUUGAACAAACCCUCAGGUGUGAGGUAUUGGGUUAGGAUGAUUUUUUAAAGGGGUUCGUCCCCUUAAUGGUGAGACCUGCAAAAUGAUAGCAUACUUGCCUGGUACAUCGCUGUUUCCUGGCUCCUUCACUCUCUGUCCUUGGCUGCCUCGCUGGGGCCCCCCGCUGUCCACAUCCACGUUGAUGCAGCAGUGGUGACCUCUAAACCCCUCCCCUUGUGCCAGUGGGGGAAGGCAGGUCACAGCUGCAGCCAGCGAUUGACUGCAGUGGAGGACCUGAGCAAGGCUGGGGAGCAGCUAACUAUGCUUCUGUUUUGCAGGUCUGCAAACCCCUUUUAAGUCCUAGUUCUCAUUCACUGACUGAAAGCAGAGGUCUUGAUACUGAUGAGGAAUUACCACACAAAAUGUUUUAGAACCCGCUGAACUUUUAAUUAAACCAUGCUUAAAGGGUUUUUCACCCCACUCGGUAGCAUCUGGUACCUGAUGAAAGAAUCCUACUCGCCCGCUCUGUUCUGUAAUCUUCUGGCUGGGAUACGGUUGCGGUCACAUGCCUCUGCAGCCAGUGACUGGCUUCAGUGAUAACAUUUUCCCAGGCAGCAUGUCACAUGAGUAAUAUGCUUCUUGGGGGCGCAUCACUGCUGAGGCCAGUCAUAGGCUGCAGCAGCCCACCCGACCCCGUCCCUAAGUGAAAAGAGGCCAGAUCCUGGAGCACCCAUCUAAGCUUUAUCUACAUAAGAAUAGAUGACCUUUCCCCAUAAACCCGUGGUCGCUCGCCUACUCCGCCCAUCCCUGUCCUCCGUUAUGAAGCAGUUCCACACGUGAUUGUACGCCGGUCGUCAGGCACUAUAUAUAGUAUAUAUAUAUAUAUAUCUAUAUAAAUAUAUCUUACUGUACAGCAUUUUUUAGUCUGUAAAUGUUUUGCACAUUUUUUAAAGAUUUUUCUUUUAAUUGAUACAUUGAUUGUAAAACUUGGAGCAGCUGCAGAUGUGUGCGUGGAAGCGUCUGUGCGAUGUACUACUGUCUGUGCUUGUCAAACAUGGAGAUUUUAAUAUACUGAGCUACUUACUCGCUUCUGGGUGUUCUUAUACUGUACCUUCUUAUUAUGUACUGAAGCUUAUUAUACCUUUGCUGGCACGGGGUGGGGGCUGGGUUUUAUAUAUAAUAGACAUUCUUGAGACUCUGUCCCUGGAGAACACAAGCCCCUUUUAUAUCCUCCUCAUCUGCAAAUCCCCAGGCAGACUCUGGGGUGGUCGGCACCACAGGAACAGCGCCCUCAUGUGGCGGGGGCGAAGAUGUUCUCCCGAGGCAGAUCCUCUGUGCGCCGCUGUGCCAGCAACAUGUUCUAAGUGACCUGUCAUAGUAAAGAAACAUAAUCGACUUGAAUACAUAUUAUAUAAUGUGUCUGAGGCUGGAUCCAACACUAUUUUGUUAUGUUUUAUGAUGAAUUUUUUUAUGACUGCCCCACCCCCUUCUAUUUCUUACUCCUGAUGGAAUGGUUGCACUUGAACAAAUGGCUUCUAUGAAUCGAUAUCAUAAGAGUUAGAAAUCCGACAUGCAGGCGCCUCCUGUCCAAUUGUGUUUAUUAGCAUUAAAUAAAUUCGGUUUUAUCCCCCUUA